GAUUAUAUACCUGGAUACCUGCAACCCGAUACCCAAAAGAAACUUCGAAACACCAUCAAAAAGGGUCUCGGGGAAAGAGACAGGAAAUCAGGCUAUGUAUAUGCGCUGAACGUGUUCGACCCCGAGAACGAGGGAAAGCUCUCACUGAAAAUUGGGUAUACUGUCAGAGCUGUCAAGAAACGCCACGCAGACUGGAAAGCACAAUGCCGUUCAUAUAUAAAAGGGGUCCGCGGGUGGUGGCCUGAGACUAUAAAAGAACGUGAAGAUGAUGACGAGGUCUCGAUACAGAAGCUCCUUGAAAAUAAUAUGGAGGGCGUCGUCGGUCCGAUAGUUGUUCAGCUCGAGCGGCUGGUACAUAUUGAACUCCAGGAUCUUGCAACACACGCUCCUUAUCUGCGUCCCGAUUUUCCUGACGUUCGCUUGUCGGAUGUACAACGUCUGUCAGAGGCUGCUCCUAUUAAAGUCUGUGAUGACUGUAAGAAAAAACACAAGGAAAUAUUCUCAUUCAGGCGAGUCGAGAAAGGUAAAUUCUUUGGGAGAGAAUGGGAAGGUAUCAUCAAACCUGUGAUAAGGAAGUGGGGAUCAUUCCUGGUGAAUUAUUUUGCUGAAGGUGAUGUACGGGUUUUGAAAAAGACUCUUGGACUCGAUUCUGUUAUCUAUCGCGAAGGUCUACCUGUGGACGAUGUUAGUUUUUCUUGA